ACGCGCGUGCUUGCGGAAGCACAGAGUGGAAUGUCGAUACAUUGUUGUUGUUUUCGUGGCUGACUGACGGACGGACUUUAGUUCACGGUCACCGCUUCGGCUAGACGGCGGGACGCGCAUCCCAUCCAGUGACUGCUGAAGCCUACAGGCAGGAUAUUCCUCCUGAACUCACCGAAAAUCCCGGAGGGAAUUCCGCGUCCACAAGACUUUCAGGGUAUGACGACUCAUUUUAAACCGAACAAAGCAGUAAAGGUGAAGAAGGAGGCGGGUGAGAACGCGCCGGCGCUGAGCGAUGACGAGCUGGUGGCCAUGUCAGUGCGCGAACUGAACCAGCACCUGCGCGGCCUCACCAAGGAGGAUGUGGUGCGGCUGAAGCAGCGACGGCGCACGCUUAAGAACCGAGGCUAUGCGGCGAGCUGCCGCAUCAAGCGCGUCACGCAAAAGGAGGAGCUGGAACGCCAGAAGUCGUUGCUGCAGCAAGAAGUAGAGAAGCUUGCCCGUGAGAAUGCCAGCAUGCGCCUGGAGCUGGACGCGCUGCGUGCCAAGUAUGAGGCGCUGCAGUGCUUUGCCCGUACCGUGGCAUGCGGCCCACUCACACCUGCCAAGGUGGCCACCACCUCCGUCAUCACCAUUGUCAAGUCAGCCAAUCACGGCCCUGCGUCUCCGCCGUGUUCCGCACCGUCAUAGUUGGAGGGGAGAAAUGAGGAAUUCUUACAUCUGGUCCAAAUUGGUCCAAAUCUUCCCAGCCAAAUCUCCACAGACUAAAGGGAUGGGAAGGGGAGGCAGGAGACUGCCAUUUUACCAUAACUUCUCUUUGUCUUUUAUUUUUGAUGUUAUUUCUCUGUUCCUCCCACAAACUCACACUCAUAUAUAUAUAUAUAUAUACACACACACAAACCCAUCCACGUUGUCUGUGCACUGUGCUCUAAAGCUCCGGCACCGGCAGCGCUCACCGGCCUUCUCGCCUUUCCUCUGACCCAGACUGAGAUUUAGCAGAGAUGCGACUUGCAGACUUAAUCUUAAAGUACUUGAGAUUGAAUGAACCUGCCAUGGCAGUCUGUGAAUGCGCUGAUGCCUGUGGUAUCUUAAUUUACACCAGAGAGUGAAAAACAUACAUUAUCAAUGGAGAAACACCAUCUGCAGUAUAUUCUUCUUACUGAAGUUUAAUGUAAAAAAAAAAAAAAAUUGCUUAUACUUGCAAAAAGCUUAAGACCUUUUGUCCUCAGCUUUUGUUAGCCGUAUACGGAUUAUGCUCAUGAGUACAGGAUUUCAGGACUAACAUGAAGGGCCAUGGGUUAAACUUCUCAUUAAGUGCGAGCGUAAUGGAUGUCCAGAAACUGGUGGUAGACCAACGAAGUCCUUAUAUCCAUGUUUUAGGAUAGUUUUAAAAUAGUUUUUCACCCAUACACACAUUCAUAUGAAUUCACAAACCGAGACAAUGAGGAAACACACGGAACAAGUGACUCUGACUCAGCAAUUAUUCUAAAGAAUAUUUAGAACAGCACUUAACUUUUACUGUCGAAUUCCAGUUUAAUAUAAUGUUAUAAAAGCACUUCCUAAUCACAAUGACACACAGGACUAUUCAGGACAAAGAAAUAAUAGGAUUUUAAAGGCACUUGUCAGUUACAUUGACUACUACUACUAUUAGCAUAAUAAUAAUCCUAUCAUAAAUAUACCCCUUUAUCACUAACUUCUAUUUCCUAUUAAUAUCGGCGAAAGACCACAUUUUAUUGUCACUUAACUUUAACAGAAAAGAAUUUAUAGUAAUGCACCUGCUUUCUCAUAUGUUAUGUUAUAUAUAGAUAUAUAUGUAUAUUUCUUUCCUCGUCAGCGCUAUAACGAAUGGAGGGUGAUCCAUAUUGGAUAUAGAGACGUGAGCUGUCUUGGCAGAAGUAACGCAAGUCCAUUAUUACCUGUAUAUUACAGAUUCGCUUUCGCAUCACGAAUGAAAAAAAGCGAGAGUAAUUCCGUCCGUUUAGAAAGCAUUCCUACUGCCAGGUCGCCCAAGGUGGCACUGCCGGGUCGCCCAAGGUGGCACUGCCGGUGUUGGUAACCCUGAUUUUAAAUGUUUAUGAAAUCACCAAUAUUUCGAGACAGGCUCUUGGGUAAAAAGACAAUCCUGGUGUUUUACGACGUGACUCAACGUGCAGCGUAUUUUUAUUUUAUUGUUGUUGUUGUCAGAAAUAGGUAACGUGAAGCCUACGUGUAAAUGCUUGUUCUGUUGAUUGAUUUCUUAGAGAAAUGAUCCCACGUGCAAUCAGGAUUCUCUCUUACCCAAGUGACUAUGACUGUUCCUUCUUCCCUUAGGGGGGAAAAAUAAACUGUGCUGCUGUGUAGGUCGCUGAUAGCCCUGGCUUUGUGACCUACUGCUGUGCUUUUGGCAUACUUAUCAUUUCGUAUCUCUUCUCAAUGUUUUAUAUGUCCUUAUACAUAUCCGAAUGGUAUUUAGGUUUAUUUUACUCUUGAUCCAGAAGAUUUCCUUUUGCAUUUUAUACAUUUUGUUGUUUGUUUUUCGGGCAUGACCUGCAUAUCUUGCCAGUAGUAUGUUAAUAAGUUUAGAUAUUUUACACGUCUGCUCUGUGAUCAUUUCUAAUUCGUAUAUAACUCGUGAUUACAAAGCCACACGUCUAAUCAGCGCACGUGUCAGUGUUGAUAGUGAUGCGGAGCGCACGCUUCUCCGACGCUUUCGUGGAUGUAGCCGCUCACGUGAUUUGUCUGUAAAGCGCACGUGUCAUUUCAGUAUUUUGCAAGGCAUUGUUGUUGUGACGACUUGCUGACAUUUCAAACUGCCUCUAGACACGUGUGCUUACAUCUGACUCGAAGAGAAAAGAAAAUGGCAGGACAUUUUCAUCCCCUAAACCUUUACUUAUAUUUUUGGAUCAUAAAAAAAAUAAAUAAAUAAUCAUAAUUAAAAAACCCAGAAAUUCCCCAGCCCAAUGCCUACUUCUUUUUCACUUCCUAUUCCAUAGAAGGAGGUAAUUCCCCAAGUUCGUCCUACAAUCGGUUCCUCUUUACGAAAUUCCAGUUCAAUCUGAAACCCAAAACAAAACAACAACAAAACAACCACCACCACCAUCAGUGACUUGCGCUAACCUCUAAUGUAGAGCUCUAAAAAUGCUGUGAACAAAUGCUAGUGAAUCCGAGACGCUGCAUAUCUUAUAUAUUGGAAGAACGAACCAUUUCUUUUACGGACCAAGAAUAGAAAUGAACGUAUUUUGUUCAGAACACGAACCACAUGGAUGAGAUCUUCUUGCAGGUAGAUUAGAAGGCUGUGGAUAUUGACGAGGCCACGUUACAGUCUGAACAGUAAACAGGAGACCCUCUGACUCAGUUGCCAGUGUUUAGUUGGCCAGUUUGGAUAUAGAGUGUAAUUAGUCCAAGGACAUUAAUUAAAAUUGUAAUUAUCUGCUAGACAAAGCGAACUCACGUACCAGGUUCUCCCUAUAGUCAUUUUUUUUUUUUUUUUAAUUUUAUAAUUAUUUCUCAGUCAUAGCAUAAUUGGGAUGCUGUUCUCACUAAGUGGGUACUUUUUUUUUUUUGUUUUGUUUGUUUUAUUUCUUUCUCAUAUUCUGCGUAUGCUGUAUGUGGCCUUUUUCUGGCUGAACAGGUUAAAUUAUUCUCUAUUUUACAUAUCUAUUUUUUUGAAAGUAUAUAUUCUAAACACGCUCAGUCAGUCCUUAAAGCUAUUUACCAUGAACGCACAUAACUUUUAACCAGUGCUCUUGAACACACUUGCCUAUAAACACACAGAGAGAAUCUCAAUAAGAUUAAAACACUGCUGCUCCAAACCAUGACCCCGUAGUUGUCCACGUUAAGGUUGAACCAAAAGGUAACGGGAAGAAACGGAUGUUAGCUAACAUUAGUUAGCUAUAGUUUAUAAGGAUCUUGAGCUUGAUAUUGUUUAUGUACUGUAGGAAAGGAUAACGCACGCAGCAGAUGCUUUAAACUUCUGACCGCAGACAAAGUUUUGGAAAGUGUCACGAACAGCGAUUGUAAACGAGGACAAGAAAGGCAGCAAACCUAUAAAGACUUUAAAAAUAAAAACUCCUAUGAUUUACACCAUUACAGUAAUCUGUGUAUAACUAUUACACUUGAAAUGUUUAUUUAUUUUGAACCUCUAAAUUAUUGUAUUUACAUUCAUUUAUUUACUUUCUGUCAAUGAACUACCCUCAUGUACAAAUAAACCCGUGCGCUUUUUCCCCACUCUGGCUGCAUAGAAGAAAGUAAAUUAUUCCUGUACAUAGUAUGCAGUGUCCAUUUUGUACUUUUAAAUAAAGCUUCUUCAAUUAAAAAAAAAAA